AUGGCUAUAACGCAUCCUGGCACAGAAAGGAAACCAAAGAAAAAGGCACUUGUUAUCGGUAUCAACUACAAGGCACUGCACAAAUUGGAUCGCGAGAAACGACCUAGCCAAGAGCCUACUCAGAUUCUUAAAGGAUCUCAUAACAAUGCUAGACAUAUAAAACGAUUGCUUAUUGAGACGUUCCACUUUCUUAAACAAGACAUCGUUGUCAUGCUCGAUAAGCCGCGCCAUGACGAUGACAAGAUAGUACCAACUCAAGCCAACAUACAACGUGAAAUUCAGAACUUGGUAGAUGGAGCCAGGGCGGGAGAUCAGUUCUUUUUAUCUUAUUCUGGACAUGGUGAGCAACGGACUGCCAUACCAGACGGGCACGAGGAAGACGGGUUGGAUGAAGCAAUCGUUGGGUCUGAUGGCGAAAUAAUCCUUGACAAUGAUUUGAAGAAGAUGCUUCCAGAUGCACUUCCCUUCCGCAGUCAUUUAAUGGUCAUCUGGGAUACUUGUCACUCGGGGACCAUGCUUGAUCUUCCUUAUACAAAGAUUGCUAAAGUGCCCACGUUUAUGAUCGAGCAUGUGGUAUCUCAUCAUCUCUCUACCUCCACGGUGGCUUCUGGAUACGUGCGCCAAACCUUUAUCUCCCGAGCUAUGUCUCUUAGUGUUCCAUAUGGGCAAUCUCCUGAAUUACGCCACUGCUCGACACUAUCGGCUUCUUACAAACCAAAAGGAGAAUCAGAGAAGCGCAACUUUUCUGCUCAAGAAUGUCUCUCUCCUGUGGCCGAAUCACCAUCUACUUCUACUUCAUUACCUUUUUCCCGGGAACCCAGUUCAAACUACACAGCGGUUUGGGGCUGUGCAGGAAAUUGCCGCAAGUCUAUGUUCUUGAGUAGAGCCUCUGUGAUUUCAAUUUCGGCCUGUACAGAUAGUCAGAGUGCGUUUGAGUAUCCAAAUGGGGACUCGUUGACUGAAUUUUUCAUAAAUGCAAUAAGUGAAUGUACUUGGCUAACAUAUAUCAAGACAGUGGCUAACAAUUAUGAUGCAGAAUCAAAAGCUCAUUUAACAUUCAAAGAACUAGUAGCAGAAGUAAAUAAAGAUGUGCAUAAAUUGUCGGAGGACCGACACCGGGAGGCUCGAGGAAAUUACGACACUGGCAAAGCUGGCCCAUGCACUUGCCAUUUAAGCUCUCGCUCCGACACUGACUCAGAUGAGCAGGAUGUUGAGAUCUCGAGUUAUGACCCAAUGACUUCAACGGGCAUCAGUGGAUUGGCUGCCAUCUUUCGGGCCGACCCAAGCGAGAUCUCUUUUCACUCGCCUCUAGCAAUUAUCCUCCUCGAUAUCCGGCUUGCCAGUGGGGAGACACUUGGCUGUUCAGAAUCUAUACCCCUCAGACCAUGGCAUUUCUGA